UCGAUCUGGCGACGCAGACCGCCAGCCGGCAAAGGCAUCGUUCGUCGAGAUCUGCCGCACCGACGCUAUCUGCACACACCAAAGCCCUCUGCGAUGGUCACGAUCGCCCUGCCAACCCGCCCGGCGUUCCCAUCGGUGCCCAAGGGCACCUACAAAUUCCACAUCCCCGCAGGCUCACUCUCGGGAUCGGACCCACUUGCACGGAGCGACACACAGGUGGCAUCCCUGCCGGUCUCGGGGACUGCCGAUUCGCCUCUGCCGUGGGUCCUCCUUGAGCUGCAGGGCACGCUGGAGAUUGAUCGGUCUGCGGCCGGUGCCGCGGAGCAGCCGCUUCAUGUCGGCGAGCUCCACUUCAACGAAAAGGGUCGGCCUUACCUUACCAUCGGCCAUCAUCGUCUCGAGGGCACCAAGGUCGAUCUUGGCAAGCCUCUCGCCAUGGUGUGUCCACACAUCGAGCAAGCACCGCCAAGCGAUGGUGCUCUGGACGACCAGCGGAGCCGCACCACCGACAGCUGCUACGACGUUCUGACCAUCUUCAGAUCCAAAUAUGUCUUCAACCUUCGCCCCGAGCCCAUCAUUGCUGAUCGCCACCAAGGACUCGUUCAGCUGAAGAAGUAGCUGCACGGUGCUUCGAGCUCGUUUCCGAGGACGAACACACUGAAUCGUAGCUUUCCCACUGGCCAAGUGUUGAAUCCCAAGCCCCCAAAGGCGACUGCCACAGUUCAAGCGAGAACGAGGAAAGCCUUUGGUCGCUUUGUCUUGGCCAGAAUCAGCUUCAAAGCACCGCAAGGAGCUCAUGCAACCCACUCCUGGGAUCGUUCGCCUCAGUUGUUGGAAUGACAUCCGCUAUAUUGUUGCAUCCAUUGUGCCGUAUACCCACCCCAUCGAUUGAGGGUGCCCCUGGGACGCACUCCCUGGGACGCACUCCCUGGGACGCACUCCGCGGGAC